UAUAGAGAGAAUUUGGGGAAAUACAGAUAAUACUUGUUAUAAGUUUUUUACAUUAUUAUUGAUUUUAUAUUGAACGACCAAAAAGUUAAGCUGAAUUACAAAAUUAUGGAUUCUCCAGUGAUAUCUCCAACAACUGAAGUAAUUAGGAAACUGGAAGAACUAGAGUUUGCUGAUAAAUAUACAAAGGAUAAAAAAAUGGAAAAAAUUCGUGACUUUAUUGCCUCACCGCAAUUUAAUGAACCACGUAACGAUGGAUUAGAUACUCUAAUAAUCUUUAUCCGCAAAGGACAGUAUGAAUCAAAGCAUUUUUUUGAUUGUAUAAAACUGCUUGUUGACAACAACAUAGAUAUAAACUAUAAGGACGACGAAGGAAGAACAGCGCUUUCUUGGGCUAAAGAAAUUUACAUAAAAGAACAAAUACGUAGACUUGGACUAGUGGAAGUCGAUGAAGAUAAUAAAAACAAGAGUCGUUUGAUAAAUGAGUCAAAUAAGAGAUUAAAGCAGUUGAAGAUGACAAUAGAAUUGCUUGAAGGAAAAGUAAAAAUUCUUGAUCCGCAAUCUAUUCUAAGUUCAGACUGGUUCAAACGGUUGGAAAACUGUCAAAAGGAAGGUAAUAUAGAUUAUAUAUCAGGUAUAAACAAAUAUGAAACCAAAUAUGAGAAUGGUAAUAAAUUUAACCCAAUUGAAGAAUGUUUUAAAGAAAAGUGGCUUAUUCCAAUAGCUUAUAUCUUAGACACUGAGUGUACUAAUGGCAAAGUAGCUGUAUUGGGAAAAGAAAAUGAAAAUAAGGAAAUCUUACUGAAAUUAACUUUACGGGAAGAUGAAAAAAUCUGCGAGUUUUUAUGCGGUAUUCUGAGAAAAUUUCAGCUAAAAAGUCAUUCCUAUAUGGAUUGUUACAGGAAGAUAAUGGAUAUCAUAAAGAAUAAAAAUCAGCAGAAUCUAUAUUCCAUUCUGAAUGGAAAAGACUAUCUAGGACGGACUCCUUUGUUUUAUGCUAUUAGGUUAUAUAUUAUAUAAGCACUAUCGCCAGCUUGAAGGAUCUAAUGAAACAUCCAGUGAUAUCUACAUUUUUACUUCAGAAACGGAAAAGCUUGAGGUCGACAUUUUGGAUGUAUUUUUUAUUUUACAUUUUGUUUUUGAUAAGUCUAAUUAUGUUUGCUUGUAUAGAUAAUUUGAAAUUUAUGGAGAAAAAAACAGUGAUUUGUAUAGGUAUAAUAAUAUUAAUAAUAACAUUUAUUAGAAAAAUUAUUGAAAUCAUAGUAACUAAACGGAGUUAUUUUCUUCUCGAAAAUUGCAUUGAACUGUUAUUCAUAAUUUCCAUGAUAAUUGGGAUGUCCUUAUAUGAUAAUAAGUUACGUGACUUUCAAAAGCAACUGUCAGCGAUAGCCUUUCUUUUAGCAGCUUUCGAAUUUAUGAUAAUGUUAGGUAUUUUUCCAAGUUGUUCCACCAAUAUGGCAAUGCUGAGAACAGUUUUAAUUAAUUAUGUUAAGUUCCUUACGUGGUAUUCUGCCCUCUUACUCGGCUUUGCUUUUAGCUUUUAUACAGUAUUCCAAUGUGAAAACAUGUCAUUUAUUAAUUUUUUCGAAUCAAUUUUUAAAACUAUUGUUAUGACAACUGGAGAAUUUGAUUCUGAAAGUUUAAAUUUUGGUGACAAUACAACAACAAAA